CCGAUCGCAGCCGGGACCUCGGCUUCCCUUCGUUCCACCCACUAGUUAAGGUGCACCUCCAUAAGGCCCUUUCCUUUCCGAUUAAUGCCGUUGGUGGGAACCGGAUCUCCCUCACCCUCCCUAGAGCUGAAAAGGUGAUUGUUUGUGUUCCUCUCCCGCCUUUGCUGGCUUGCUCACGCUCCUUAAGCGACAAAGCCUCCGAAUUCUUCCAACCGCGUCCCACCGCAAUGCCAAAUAUCAGCGACCUGAAAAGCCGCACGAGGGCGGAUUAUCCCUACAUCAUGGAGUACAGGACACGAUGGAACGACAACGACAUGUAUGACCAUAUGAACAAUUCCAUCUACAACUUCCUCUACGACUCUGUCAUCAACACCUACUUGAUUGAACAAUGUGGGCUCCAUCCCCCGUCCUCGCAGCAGUACGGCAUGGUUGUCCAUUCCCACAACGACUACUUCGCGCCCAUCUCAUUCCCUGCUUGCGCAGAGCUCGCCCUGCGGGUCAACCGCAUUGGAAACUCGAGCGUCACAUAUGAGAUAGCCCUCUUUGAGAAAGGCAAGGUCGAGGUUAGGUCUGUGGGGGAGUUUGUGCAGGUCUUUGUUGACCGAGCCACAGCGAGGCCGAGUCCUCAGGGCAUGGAUCCGAAGCUGCGAAAGGGGUUAGAACGUAUUCUUGUAAAGGGCUGCACUAGCAGACUGUAGUCAAUGCACUUGCUGUCGGAUAGUGUGCUUAGAUGCGUAGAAACAAGAUAGAGGUGAAUAAUGGUGAAAAUGAGUGGGUUGAAGGUCUCCAAGGCUGCUAAGCCUGCAGGAGAGCUUAUACUAAAGUAGUGUAAUAACUUUUAACUACCUUAGCGCGCAAGAGGGAGAGUGCCAAAAUGAUCUUAGAGACUAUUUUAGAGUGUCAAAAUGUUUUAGCUAGAAACUAAG